AUGGAUCAGUUCCAAGCACUUAUUGAACCCGGCCGCCAAAUUGCCAAGGAUUCAAUUCGGUUGGUGAAGAGGUGCACUAAGCCAGAGAGGAAAGAGUAUCAGAAGAUCGCAGUUGCGACGGCGACUGGCUUCGCGAUCAUGGGCUUCAUUGGAUUCUUCGUAAAACAUAUCCAUAUCCCAAUCAAUAAUAUCAUCGUCGGAGCUUAG